AUGCCUAAUAUCGAUGACCACGACAAAGAGUAAGUACGAUGAAGGAAAAACUAAAAUUAUCUGUGUUUUAACAUUUUCAACGAGAUAAUGCUGUUCUAGGGCAGGCAUUUGUAAAUUCACCCCCCAUUCUGCAUUUUAUCCUCAGUCUGCAUUUUGUACCCAGUCCGGUCUGCAGUCCGCACUCUGCAGUCUGCAGAUUAUACUGACCGGAUCGUUAAUUUGAGCAUUAAUGUAUAACCCGCCUUUCGUGAUCUUGUUGAUUGACAUACAUAGCAACGAACACAAAGUAUGAAAUAUUUCCAAUAAGAGACUUUAAUGUAACGGAAUGUACGUGGCUAUUCAUGCAAAAAAAUGUUUGUUCAUUUUAGUGGUAAAGCUGUGCUGAUUGGGAGAACAACAACAAUGUACCUGAAAUAUUAUAACUUGUACAUAAUUAUUGCGCGCAUAGUUUUGGUAAUCGCACAAGGCCAAGCAAGUGAAAGUUUGGAUUUUUGUUUCAAUUCAACUCUUGAAGGUACGUAACCUGAUUACAAUUCUAUCUCUCUAUCUAUCUAUCUAUCUUCCAAUACAGCAAACCCCUCAGUAUGAGGAUUAUUAGCUCGGGUUAGCAGAAAAUACAUGUUGCUAACCCAACGAAAUAGUUAAUAAUAAUAAACUAUUUAAAGUUAAGAUAAUGGAAAGUUAAAUAAUAGAAAAAAACUAUAAAAAACUGAAACAACAAAAAAGACCUUCUAUAGGAGAAGGCCUUCGACACUGCACCUAACCUACAUAUGCGGCCUACUUAUAUCGAUUUGGUUAUGUUCUCCAGGUUUUAGAUUUAAUACAACAGUUUUGAUGACAAAAGGCGUUUCCCAAUGGAUGGAAUGCAUCAUGGAAUGUGUCAAGGAGCCAUGUUGUAGGUCAAUCAACUACAAGAAGACCUUUCAGAAUGAACCAAAUUGUGAAAUGCUACAUGACGUGAUCUACAAUACAUCCGAGAAAGUAUUGGAGAGAAACUCUUCCUAUGAUUAUGUUUAUCUGCUUGACCCACAAAAGGUAUGA